AAAGAAAACGGGUACAGCUGUCAACGUUCAAAUAACAUCUGUUAGGGAAAAAAGUCAUUGUCAUGUAAUUUGCAUGAGAGCUACUUAAAUUCAGGAUUUGGGUUUUGAGCCUGUAAUUGUGAUUCAGGAUUUACCCAGACUUUGCCGACUGUGGCGUUUUAGUUUUCACUAUACGUAAAGACGAGUUUGAAGCUUUUCCUCAUGAUAGAUUGAACCACCAGCAACAAUUAAUUGCUAAAUUCAGAUGAGUAAAAAAGGCAGUAAGAAAUCACUAGAUGGUUGUUUCCCGGUGGGUGUCUGCGUGUCUCUACUGAAAUGGAAUUCACCCAAAAUAUGUUUCCAGAUGACAUAUCUCCCCCAGCUUAAAAAACCAAACACUCUUCUGUGCCUUUUUUGUACAAAAACUGGAAAAUACAAGUGACUUUAAUCUGAAAUAAUCUGUUUUCCUGGUUUGGAUUUAAGACAAUAUGCCUCCUUGUUCAGAUGUAGAAGGAGAGAUAAUGUUUGAAGAUUUAAAUGGUCAGAUCUACAGGUUGUGAAACUUUAAAAUCUGAAAUGAAUAACAUUCAUCUCAUUAUUUCUGUGGGUUUAAAUGGUAUAUUACAGAUGUGACACAUUGUUGUCACUGGAGAAGUAUACAUUUGUCGUGUUGGAGCAUGAUCACAACGCUAAGCUAUUCAAACCAAAUGCAUCGCUAUCUAAUACGAAUUUUCCAUUUAACCUGCUGUUGAUGUGUUGAUCUCAUCUGAAUUUUUUUUUUUCAACUGAGAUGUCUUCUUGGUCUGUAUGAAUUAUUUUAUAAUCAAAGUUUAUCCGCAGCUUUUAUUUGUCUCCAUUUCUUCCGUUCCACUUCUCCUUUGAAUGCAUCAUUUAAUAAAUCAUGUACUUCAGUUUGAUCAAAUAUCUGACAGUCUUCAUACACCCUCCUGAACACACUAACAGAUACUGUCUCCGCCUCUGAACGACUGAUGUCACUUGAUUUCUGAUCCAGAUUGAUCCCACUCUGCAUCAUCAACUAAACAAUUCUAACAAUUAUACAACUCAUUUUAUCAAAAUAUAAUUGUUGAGGAAAUUCUAGCCAUUAGUGGAUGUGCUGUUAAAAUAGGUGAUGCAAGUAAAGGGAGAUAUAUACUGGGAUGCUGUGGGAGACAUCUUCAGACUUGGGGGUGGGGGGAGACCUGCUCAUGUAACUCUGUUAUAGCGUUUGUUUCACCUUCUGGUCUCCUCGAUGCAUAAAUUCUACAUUAAACACUUCUGCAUAAGACAUCAGCUGCUGCCUGAGUUUUCCUUUCAUCAGCUUCCAGAAAACUUCCAUAACAAUAAUUACACCAUGAUUAUAACUUGAAAACCAAUCGUAACUAGUCUGCAUGCAUGUUGGUUUAUUUUGCCACUUUUCUGGAUUGUGAACCUGUUACACACUCAUUGAGCAUGAACUGGAACACAGCAGCGACCUGUGUCUUUACAGACCCAUCAGUGCUUAUCGCAAAACUAUAUCCUGCUGCUAAUCAAGGUUCAUAUAGUUAUCAAGAAGGUAUUGAGAUGAGGUGAAAACCUUGACACGCCGGAGGUGCUGCAGAAAAUGUAUUAGGAUUCAUCGUCAGGGGAACAUAAAUGUCUCUGUAUAAAUGCUGGACCAGGAGUUUUGUGCCUUCAGUCAUGCCACUAACACAAAAAUUAAUCACUAACCAGGCACAACUAACCAUGGGUCUCUGUCAGCAGUAUUUUAAUUUGGUAGCAACUUUCACCUGGACUCAAAGAAAGCUGAUUAGACUUUGGUGCUUGGAGUUUUAAAGGUCAAUGUCACAGUGACCUCACAUUCAUGUUAAUGUGACACAUUAGGACUGCCCAUCGGGAAUUUGAUUACAUCUGGUACAUGUUACUUGGACUCACUGAUUAACUGAUUCAAUUUCGAUGUUCUCGUGAAUGUGAUAUCUCAAAACUGCGUGAGGGAUUUCUUCAACUUUGAUCAGUUGUCACCUGGACUAAGAUUUUCAGAUAAAGUGAUUAAGUUUCAGUGGUCAAAGGUCACAGUGACCUUAUAGGAAUCUGGAAAAAAAUAUGUACAUGGACACUGCACUGAUUGGCGGAGGCUUGCUUCAUUGCAGUUAUUCUAGUUAAAUAUGUAUAGCCUCUGGUAGGGUAUGGGAACACUUUUUAUCAGAAUUGGCUUUGGCUUCUUAACAUCCAAUAGCCAUUAACCUGUGGUUUAUUUAGUUUUGAUUGUCUAAAUGUCUUUAAUGUCAAGUUUGUUUAGCCAACUUACCAUAGUCCAAGAAAUACAGGUUGGAGUUUGGUCCCACUGUUGUUGUGAGACACUUGUUUCUGUUGCCUGAGUCCGCCCAGACUACAAUUAUGUUUUCAGAGUUCUUUCUUUGAGAAUUGUAUGUUGAAACCAUAGACUGUAUAUAUGGUUGAGACCUAAGAGUUGGGCGCUAUUUUACUUUGAACCUGUUGUCUUGGUAUUGAGGAUUUAUUUUUCGUUGUGCUUUACAUUAGGUUUGUUGUGCAGCUCUUGUUAAGAGUCCUGUUUUUACAUAUUUGUUUCUUUGGUUUGAAAUAGACCCCACCGGGCUGUUAUAAACGACCUUUUUUUCCCAAAUCUUCUGGUUUUACGUUACCUCCGUUACCCUCGUGAGCCGGGUCGUAGCUGCAUUAUAUGAGUCUCUCUGUCAGGCCUCACCACAUAAUGACAGACCUGCUGUGUAUUAAAGGACCCUGCCCAUGCGUCCUCAGCCGGUCACCGCCCUCUCCGUGGGCCUUUAUAAGCGUGUCAAACAGAGGGGGGCACUAAUUUCCAAUGAGCGAUUGUACACAAGGGCUAGCUGUAGUUCGCAAAGCAAUCCAUUCUAUUCAAGACUCCUGAUUUAACGAAGCCAUGGACAACCAUUCAUACAACUUCCCCUCUGACUGCACCCCGCUCACCAACUGCAAGUCUGCCCGUAAGCCGGCUGGAUCCACCGUGGUGAACAUGGGCAACGCUGGCAAGAGUCCUCCCCGGGACUAUCUCCUCUGGUCACUGUGCAACACCUUGUACGUUAACUUCUGCUGCCUGGGAUUCAUGGCUCUCAUCUACUCCAUCAAGGCCAGGGACCAGAAGACCCAGGGUAACCUGCAGCUGGCCCAGGAGUGCUCGGACAAAGCCAAGUGGUACAACAUCCUGGCGGCCGGCUGGAACAUGCUGAUCCCUCUCCUGGCUGUCGUCAUCCUCGUCCUCCUGCUCAUCCACCUGGGCUCGUCCCAGGGCUCGUUUGACUUCCUCGGAGAGGACGGCCUCAAAAACUUCUUCAAACUUUUCAGUUGGUAGAUGGACUGGGGGGAGGGAGAGAGAAAAGAAACAAACAAACAAACACAUCAAUCUCAAAGUGUCGACCCAUUCACAGUCACCGUCAGGAGAGGGCAUUUGAUUAGGCUCCGCAGAUUAGAUCAGACGUGACAGCUUCUUAUAACCUGAGCCAGAGUACGGCAUGUGAUACAAGUCUGAGCGUUCUUUUCUGUACGGACGUCAGAGACUGCCGAGCUUUUGAAAACCUGUUCAGUAUUAAAAUAACCCUAUUGGCAAAAGUAAAUGUAAAUUUGGGGUUGUGUGUUAUAGGAAUAACUGUCAAAGGAUGCACCGAUACUGAAAUGCUGAAAUCAAAUAUUUUGUCAAAAAAAAGCUAGACAGGAAAUUUGACCUAUAUCUGAGAGUUACACAUUUAAAAGAAUUAUAAAUAAAGCGCAAGACUUUUGAAUAGAUCACCUACAUUUUCAGUGCCUGUGAUUUGACAUUUCUCCUAAUUUGUAUUUCUUAUUAAAAAACAUAAGUAUCAGAACAUUCCUAAUUGUAAUGUCAGUAUUAGAGGCUGUUCAGCCUGCACCUGCCAGUCUCGAGAAAAUGGUUAGAAAUUUGCUGCAAAGAUUGAAGAUGCCUGAAACAAAAUAUAAAACAAAGAAUGACUUAGAGCUGAAUCCAGACUGAAAGACUGAGCAUGCAGCUACUCUGAGUCAUAUUUGUUGUUAUUUAUUGUAUUUAUGAUGAAUGUGGAAUUUGGAUGACAGCUGAAGUUCCCUCUGGUCAGCGCAGACAGAGGAGAGAGAGAGAGACAGAGAGAGCAGAGAGAGAAGAGAGAACUGCAGAGUUUGAAGACCGUGAUGAUGAAAAACCACUUUACUCAAAGAACAAUCAACACUCACCUCUCAUUGAAAGUCCUCUAUUUUAUGUCUUAAAGAUUUUUUUUAUUGUAUUACUGCUACAAUAGGCUUCAUAUAUUUUAUGUCAUUAUUCAUGUAUUUUAUUCAUUUAUUUGUUGUUUUACGUAUCUUGAUCUUCUUCCAACCUCUUGUGAGUGAGCUUAAUAAAACAGAUACUGUGAACUCAGUAUUAGAAAACAAA